UCUUUCAAGACAUUUGGUGAACCAGACCAGUCAACAGCAGAACUGCUAGUUAUUGGUACACCUCAGAGACCUUCAGCGCCAAAUACUAUCCUGGUAGGAAGUCCACAUACACCUAACACACAUUUUGUGUCACAGAACCAGACUGCAGAUUCUUCGCCGUGGUCUGCUGGGAAGCGGAACAAAAAAGGAGAGAAGAAUGGCAAGGGUUUACGUCAUUUCUCUAUGAAGGUUUGUGAGAAGGUACAAAGAAAAGGAACCACCUCAUACAAUGAGGUGGCAGACGAGUUGGUUGCAGAAUUCAGUACCACUGAUAAUCACAUUUCACCAAAUGAAUCACAGGCUUAUGACCAGAAGAAUAUUAGACGACGUGUCUAUGAUGCCUUAAAUGUCCUUAUGGCCAUGAACAUUAUCUCUAAGGAGAAGAAGGAAAUCAAAUGGAUUGGUCUACCUACUAACUCGGCUCAGGAAUGUCAGAAUUUAGAG